UAUAUAUAUGUGUGUGUGUGUGUGUGUGUGUGUAUGCUCUAUAUAUUCAAGGCAAGACAGCAUGGUCGAUGAGCUAGCUAGGAACCAAAAUCCAAAAUUAAACCUCCGGAUAGAGUAGAGUUUGCCAGAUCCAUGGGUGAGUGGCCGAUUAUUUUGUUGCUGCUGUGCAUAGUUCGGGGUGGGGUGGGCACAGCAAGCAGUCCUCUGCAGAGCAGGUCUUUUAAUGUGAUGAAUUAUGGAGCCGUUGGAGACGGGAAGGCUGAUGAUUCCCAGGCAUUUCUUAAGGCGUGGAAAGCAGUGUGUGGAGAUGAUGGGAGUGGUGUUGGUGUUGGGGUUGCCGUGCUGGUGAUACCUGCAAAGACGUUCAUGCUUAUGCCUGCAGAUUUUACAGGCCCCUGCAAGCCAUCUAAUAUACAUCUCCAAGUUUCAGGAAACCUGGUCGCCCCGAAUACGAAGUGGGCAUGGAAGGGGUAUCACACUGACACGUGGCUCUCCUUCUCUUACGUCAACGGCCUGACCAUCACCGGACCUGGACAGAUCAACGGUCAGGGCUCUGCUUGGUGGCCCAAUGCUUGUUUGCACAACGAACAAAAUGCUGCAAAUUGCAAAGGCCCAACUGCAUUAACAUUUAACAGAUGCAACGGGCUUCAGCUCAACGGGCUGACCCAUAUCAACCCCCAAAGGCGCCACAUAACUGUCAUGAAUUGCAAAGGCGUAGCCUUCUCUAACCUCCGGAUAAUUGCCCCCGGAACAAGCCCUAACACCGACGGCAUCAACAUCGCCGGCUCCAGCGCCGUCCAAAUCCGCAACUGUAACAUAGCAACAGGUUUAGUACUAAUAAUCAGAUCAACAUUCACAAACAACAGGUUUAGUCCUAUGGCUCGUUCUUCAUUUUCCCACGUGUUUUCCCCAGGCGACGAUUGCAUUGCCAUAAGCGGCGGCUCCUCCAACAUCAAUAUCACCGGCAUAACGUGCGGGCCGGGCCAUGGAAUCAGCAUCGGGGCCUUGGGACACGGAGGCUUUGACACAGUGGAAGACGUUCACGUGAGGAACUGUACAUUGAAAGGAACCAUGACCGGAGUUCGGAUCAAGUCCUGGCAGGGAGGAAGCGGCUAUGCGAGGAGAAUUUCAUUCCAACAGAUUAAGUUCGUUGCAGUCAGUAACCCCAUAUUGAUCGACCAGUUCUACUGCCCUAGUCGUGUCGAUUGCCAAAACAAAACAUCGGCGGUUCAGCUGAGCGACAUAUCGUACUACGGAAUUGUGGGGACUUCGGCGACAGAUUCGGCAAUAAAUCUGAGUUGCAGCCAGGUCGGCGCCGGAUGCACCAAUAUCAAGCUCGAUCGCGUGUACAUAGCGUCUGCAACGCCGGGAAGGAGGGCUUACGCCACCUGCUUCAAUGCCCAUGGAAGAGCUACCCAUACCAAACCUGCCGUCAAAUGCCUGCUUCACUAGCAGCUAUAUCAAAGUUGCCGUCGCUCGCUGCGAUAGAAGCUCUGGACUGGAUAGAGAGUUGUGGAAUAAAUAAUGAUUCUUGUACUGGAUCGAUGCCCUUUCUACCCAUUAAGAUUUAAGGAUGUAGUGUUCCAACUUCCAAGUACGUGGAUGUUCUUGUAUAUCGAAGGUCGAACUCCGACUCCAUUUUAUGUUUCUUUUUCAUUGUCAUGAAGAAAUUCCAGGAGUAAGGUUAAGUUGAUGACAUUUUUCCAUUGCAAGCAAUCUUAGAGAGAGUUACAUUUAUCCCAAGU